CAUUGCGUAAUUGGUCCGAUUGUCUUCGUUUUGCGUCGCAUGCUGGCGUCGGUUUUGAGCGAUCUUGGUCAGGUUUUUCUUGCUGUAUAGGUAUUUUGUAAUGAUUGAUAGACGGGAUUCGAAAAAUCUCCUUCGACGGUAUGUUAGGUAAUACUCUCACGACGACCGAAUCGCCUCGACGCCAGCCUGGAUUCCUUCUCUUCCAUCAUUUCUGUUUUUUUUUGUUCAAGUUUGGCGCUUCCGCACAUACGAGUUGCAUCACCUCGACUGGCAACCCAUUCCGGAAGCGGUUUCACUGGCGUCUGCGGCGUCGUGGCUUGGGGGGAGUUGUCAGUUUGGCAUCUCAUUCAUCUGUCUGUGUGUGUUUGUUUGGAGGACGGGGUCUGGGAGCGGGGAGGAGAGAGAGAGAGGGAUGGGGGUGUUUUGGCGGAGAAAAGCAGCAUAUCAAGAAGUUUUCCUGUUCUGGGGCGCGUGUUAUUGUAUCGGCGGCGGCGGCUGGUGGAAGAAGGGGCCCCGAUGUUUGGCUAAGUAGAUAUGGGAGUAGAGCAAUCGAGGCGUAUUCACUGAGGUGUUGAACAUUGGUGCAUGAUUGUGUUGUUGGAUGAGAAUGUGGAGUCGU